AUGACACAUAAGUGGUUAUCCCAAACCCAGUCACCCACACGAUUACCAGAAUUCUACACUCUUACCAAAAUUCAUAAGAAAACUCCGGUAGAGCGACCUAUAUCUGGUAGUAGAGGACAAACCGAACGUAUUUCUAGCUUUGAAGAUUACCUUCUACAACCGAUUGCCAAAAAACAAGAGUCAUACAUAAAGGAUUCUACUGACUUUAUAAACUUUAUUGAGAAUACUCCUAUUCCAGACAAUGCUAUACUCGCCAGACUGGAUGUUUGUUCACUAUACACAAACAUUCCUCAAGAAGAAGGCAUCAAAGUGAUUUGUUCGCACUACGAACAGCAUUAUGAGCCCAACUUACCAAUUCCUGUAAAUUAUCUAAAAGAGCUCAUGAGACUGAUUCUGAAAGAAAACUCUUUCAAAUUUAAYGACAAACACUAUCUACAAAUACACGGUAUAGCAAUGGGAACUAAAAUGGCUGUUGCUUUCUCUAUCAUUUUUAUGGCACAUUUAGAAACAAAGCUGUUAUCUAAUAGUCCCUACAAACCUCUCGUCUGGAAACGUUUUAUUGAUGAUGUUUUCUCCGUGUGGACUUUAACUGAAGAAGAGAUCACGAAAUUUGUUGAUUUCGCUAAUAAUUUCCACAACACAAUAAAAUUCACUUGUGAAACAUAA